AUGAAUAAUAACAAUCAGAAAGCCUACUCACACUGGUCACUGGGACAAAUGAUCAAACAUCUGGUGAGCGUUGGUGAUAUGGCUUUCCAAAACGAAGAAGAAACGGUUUACACAGAGAGGAACAUAGUCAUUUCACGCCAAAAUGAAAGUAGCAGCACACGCAAAGAAAGAAACGCAGAACAAAUAAGGGUAUUUAUAUUUAGCUAUAAAAUAUUCAAAAAAAAAACCAAUUCAUUUUUAUGUGGCUACAAACAAGGCUACAAGUGUGAUUUGUGCGAAUUUUAUGUCCACGAGGAAUGCAUCAGCGUCAACAUUCCUUCUCGUCAUAAACAUCCUCUCAAGUUCACAUAUCAUCGGCAGCGAGAUGGUUCUCCUUGGGCUUGUUGUCUAUGUGAAAACGAUUUGGAUUCUACACUAUUUUAUCAUUGUUUACAGUGUUCCUUCUUUAUUUGUGUCUUUUGUGUGAGAAAACCUCUGAUAUUCGCACCCACUAAGAUUCAUGAGCAUGAACUCCACCAACUACCAAUGAAACUUUCCUUCACUUGUGAUGCAUGUGGGUUAUGCACUACUAAUUACCCGUGUAUUUGUCUUCAGUGUUGUUUCAAAAUCCAUAGAGAAUGCAUCUUCUUACCACGUGUUAUACACAUCAGCCGCCACGACCACCGCAUCUCUCAUGUCUUUCCUAUUGGUCAUGGGAAGUGGACUUGCGAGAUAUGUUAUGAGGAUGUUAAUGGAAAUUGUGGAGCAUAUUCUUGUUUGGUUUGCUCUUAUGUUGCUCAUUCAAAAUGUGUGAGAUAUUUUCGCUAUUGGGAUAAGCAAGAACUUGAAGGGAUACCCGAAAAAGAUGAAAAAGAAGAAAGUAAGCCAUUCGAAGUGAUAGAUCAAGACCUAAUAAAACAUUUUAGCCACGAACACAAUCUGAAGGUGUCAUCAAUAUCAUCAUUAAGAUUUGACGAAGAUGCCUUACCUUGUGAGGAAGAUAAAAGUUGUUAUGCAUGCACAAUAAAUUCUGAGUUGGGUUACAAAUGUACACAAUGUGAUUUUAUUCUUCAUGAUGCAGGCGCUAAUCUCCCUCGUAAGAAAAGGUAUUUCCUUUGCAUAGAAAAACUUACUUUGUUCCCCAAAGUUCAGCCGCAUUUUAUGAGGCACUGGAAAAGCUAUUUUUCUUGUGCUGUUUGUGGACGUUAUUGCACUGGUUUCAUGUAUACUAAUAGUAAAUUCAACUUCAAGAUUGAUGUACUGUGUGCUUCGAUUUCUGAUGUGUUUAAACAUAAAAGUCAUCCACAUUGGUUGUUUCUAUUUAUUGAUGGAUUAACAGUGAGGUGUGAAGGUUGUGACUUGUAUAUUGGGUAUUAUCUGCAUUGCAAAGGUAAAGAUGAUUGUGGUGGCUUCAAUUUAUGUUUCAGAUGUGCUACUUUACCCACAUUGGUGAGACACAAAUAUGAUGACCAUCCUCUCUCUUUAUAUUAUGGUGAGAAAAAUGUGAAUUCUUUAUAUUGUUGCGGGAUAUGCGAAAAGGAAAUAUAUUCAAAAGGUUGGUUCUAUAAAUGUGAUGAUUGUGGCUCUACUCUUCAUACUAAAUGUGUAUUCAAAGAUCUAAUACACCCAAGACCUGGAUCCAGUUUAACAUUUUCUGAGGGUAAAAUAUUUGAUUUGCUUCCUACUAAUCGUCUUUCUCGGCCGAUUUGCUAUUUAUGUAAGACCCGUUGUAUGGGUGAUGUUGUUCUAAACUAUAUGGUGGAUAAAAAUUUAUUCAAAUGCGGCUCCUGUACCUUUCCAGAGACUUGA